AUGCGCCUGAUCAGCGUCGACAAGACGAACUCGGUCGAGCUAUCGGAGGCGAUCAACUCCAUGUUUGCAUGGUAUGCCCAGUCCCAGGAAUGCUUUGCCUAUCUCUCGGACGUUCCCACGGCCCAAGCCGACCAUGACGUCUUAUCGAAGCAGUUUGCGAACAGUCGCUGGUUUACACGAAGUUGGACCCUUCCAGAACUCCUUGCGCCGACGAAAGUUACGUUCUACGCGGUGGAUUGGUCCAGGAUCGGCACCAGAAGAGGGUCAAUGGUCUGCGAGUUCGCUCGGAUUACUGGCAUCGAUCAAGGCUAUUUGAAUUCUGCAGAGUCUGUGGCCAGCGCCAGCUUGGCGAGGAGAAUGUCUUGGGCUUCGAAGAGAAUGAUAACGAGGGAAGAGGACACUGCGUACUGUUUGCUGGGCUUUUUUGGAAUCAGCAUGCCCCUGCUGUACGGGGAGGGAAGCAAAGCCUUCGCCCGACUGUAA